UCAGCUAGGCGACGAGUCUCGCAGGAUCUCUGCCCUCCCUUCUGACCCCCAGCCUACUCAGCUGGGUCGCGCCAAAGCGUGAUGUCUUCCCUUCCCGCCCACACCUCAGCUCCCUUUGGUUUCCUAGGCGCAGGCGCGCACGGGAGGACUGGACGCUCCACCUCAUCACACCCCGCCCCUCCGGGCCCCAUCCUUUCAGUAGGCUCGCGCCGACGCGAGCUGCCUUCCUCCUCAGUUUGAUUUUCACGCAGGCGCGCUCUCGUCCUCUCAUCCUUCCCCUCUUUCCCGUGGCCCGCCCCUCUAGGCCCCGCCCCCGUCCCGCCCCCACCUCCCUUACUUUCCACACCCCCCCGCGGGUGACAUCCUCCAGUCUGAGUUCGAGCGGCCAUGGAGCUCCCUGGGAGCUUGUGCAAGAAAGUCAAGCUGAGCAACCAAGUGCAGAACUGGGGAAUGCAGAGGGCCACCAAUGUCACUUACCAAGCACAUCAUGUCAGCAGGAAUAAACGAGGUCAAGUGGUGGGGACCAGAGGGGGCUUUCGUGGUUGUACGGUUUGGCUAACAGGUUUGUCUGGAGCAGGGAAGACCACAGUGAGCAUGGCGUUGGAAGAGUACUUGGUCUGCCAUGGCAUUCCGUGCUACACUCUCGAUGGGGACAACAUACGUCAGGGUCUCAAUAAAAAUCUGGGCUUCACGCCAGAAGACAGGGAAGAAAAUGUUCGGCGCAUUGCGGAGGUUGCUAAGCUCUUUGCAGAUGCUGGCCUGGUGUGUAUCACCAGUUUUAUCUCACCUUAUACCCAGGAUCGUAAUAACGCAAGGCAAAUUCAUGAAGGGGCAAGUCUGCCAUUUUUUGAAGUGUUUGUCGAUGCACCACUACAUGUGUGUGAAGAGAGAGAUGUCAAAGGACUGUACAAAAAGGCUCGCGCUGGAGAAAUUAAAGGUUUCACUGGGAUUGAUUCUGAGUAUGAAAAGCCAGAGGCCCCUGAAUUGGUGUUGAAAACAGAUUCUUGUGAUGUGAAUGAUUGCAUCCAGCAAGUUGUGGAGCUGCUACAAGAAAGGGAUAUUGUGCCUGUCGAUGCCUCUUAUGAAGUAAAGGAAUUGUAUGUUCCAGAAAACAAGCUUCAGCUGGCAAAAACAGAUGCAGAAACCUUACCAGCAUUGACAAUAAAUAAGUUGGACAUGCAGUGGGUGCAGGUUUUGGCAGAAGGCUGGGCAACGCCACUGAAUGGUUUCAUGAGAGAAAGAGAAUACCUGCAGUGCCUUCAUUUUGAUUGCUUGCUGGAUGGAGGAGUAAUUAACUUGUCAGUGCCUGUAGUACUCUCGGCUACUCAAGAGGACAGAGAGAGACUGGAUGGCUGUACAGCAUUUGCCCUGGUAUAUGAGGGUCGUCGAGUUGCCAUUCUCCGAAAUCCAGAGUUCUUUGAACAUAGAAAAGAGGAACGCUGUGCCAGACAGUGGGGAACAACAUGCAAGGAACACCCGUACAUCAAGAUGGUGAUGGAACAAGGGGACUGGCUGGUUGGGGGGGAUCUUCAAGUUCUGGAUCGAAUUUAUUGGAAUGACGGCCUUGACUCAUACCGCCUCACACCUGCAGAGCUGAAGCAGAAGUUUAAAGAUAUGAAUGCUGAUGCUGUCUUUGCAUUUCAAUUACGCAAUCCAGUACACAAUGGACAUGCUCUCCUGAUGCAAGAUACUCAUAAACAGCUCUUGGAAAGGGGCUACCGGCGCCCAGUUCUCCUCCUGCAUCCUCUUGGUGGCUGGACAAAAGAUGAUGAUGUUCCUUUGGCAUGGCGGAUGAAGCAGCAUGCGGCAGUGUUGGAAGAGGGAAUCCUGAAUCCUGAAAAUACGGUAGUGGCCAUCUUUCCAUCACCCAUGAUGUAUGCUGGACCAACUGAGGUCCAGUGGCACUGCAGGUCACGAAUGGUUGCAGGAGCUAAUUUUUACAUUGUUGGAAGAGAUCCUGCUGGCAUGCCUCAUCCAGAGACCAGGAAGGAUCUCUAUGAGCCAACCCAUGGGGCCAAAGUGUUGACAAUGGCCCCUGGCUUAAUAACCUUGGAAAUUGUUCCAUUUCGUGUAGCAGCUUACAAUAAGAAAAAGAAACGCAUGGACUAUUAUGAUUCUCAAAACCAUGAAGACUUUGAAUUUAUUUCAGGAACCCGAAUGCGGAAGCUUGCCCGAGAAGGCCAGAAACCUCCUGAAGGCUUCAUGGCGCCCAAAGCCUGGACUGUGCUGACCGAGUACUACAAAUCUUUGGAGAGUGCUUAAAUGUUAUUAACAGCCUAUCGACCUUUGAUGCUUGAUUUAUUAACAAAAAGGGGACCACAUAGUUACUGUUUGCACUGCUUUGUCAUGGUGUCUGGUGUAUUCUUUACAAACAGACCUUUUCUCCUCAGCUAGCAUCCUUUUUUUUGCCUGCUCGUGGGUUCUAUUAUGUACUGCUGCUUUUAAUGUAUCUUUCCCUUUUAUUACAGUUAAUAAUCCCACAUUAGGGUUUUUUAAUCUUGCCUUUUUAUAUCAUAUUUAUGUUCAUUUCCCAUGAAUUUUGCAGCUGUUGUGUUGAUUUUAGAAGAGAAAUAUUUUUCCUCCCUUUAAAAACCAAAACACCUCCUGCCCCAUAUUCCCUAUCAAGACAAUAGAGAUGGCUUGAUCUUGCUUUUGUACUGUAAUUGAGCUGCAAGAUGUUUGUAGCAAUUAUAGCUUUUACUACUCUGAAAUAUAAUCAGACUUUUAAAUUUCCAAUCAUUUAUUGAACCCUGAACUAUUAUGCUCUAAAGCUUUCUUAUUAUGUAUGUAAACUUAGAAUUGACUGACUUGAUGCAACAGAAAUAAACUUUUGGCUUCUUAUUUA